AUGUUAGAAUACCUGGAUAUCUUUUCGGAAGACAUGGUGAUGUUGGAAGACAUGGAGUUGCUGGCAGACGUGGAGAUGCUGGCAGACGUGGAGAUGCUGGCAGACGUGGAGAUGCUGGCAGACGUGGAGAUGCUGGAAGCCCUGGAGAUGCUGGAAGACCUGGAGGUGUAGGAAGACAUGAAUUUUCUGGAAGAUGUGGAUUUUCUGGAAGACGUCACUUUGUUGGAAGACGUGGGUAUGCUGGAAGCUAUAAAUUUGAUGGAAGAUUCAGCUUUGUUGGAAGACCAGGGUUUGCUGGAAGCCGUGGAUUUUCUGGAAGCCAUGGAUUUGAUGGAAGACGUGGAUAGCCUGGAAGACCUGGAACUGUUGGAAGAUAUUGAUUUCCUGGAAGCCAUGGCUUUUCUGGAAGACAUGGAUUUUCAGGAAGACCCGAAUUGUCCGGAAGAUCUUGACUGUUUGGAAGAUGUAGAUUAGCUGGAAGACCUGGAGGUGGAAGACAUGAAUUUUCUGGAAGACGUGGCUUUAUUGGAAGACUUUGAUUUGGUGGAAGUCAUAGAUUGGUUAGAAGACCUAGAUUUUUCUGGAAGAUGUGGAUUGUCUGGAAGACCUUGA